AUGCCUGUCGGUAACAACGACCAGAACUCCGGCGUCACCGGCGGCGCCAAGUUCGUCACCUCGGCCCUCGGUAAUACCGUCGGAGGCGUCACCAAGACCGUCGGCAACGUUACCGGCGCCGCGACCACCGGCCUCGGCGACACCAUUACCAACGCCACUGGCUCUGCCGGCCGCCCCGUCGGCGACGGCCUCACCAAUCUCGGCCAGGGCCUCGGCGGCGCCCUCAACCAGGUUGGCAAGGGCGUCGAGGACGCUGGCCAAUGGAAGAGGUCUUAA